AUGAACAUCGCAUGGGCCACCGACGACAAUGGCGUGCUCCAGUUAACCCUUAAUGACAGCCCCCUAAAGCCAAGAGACACCGAGAAGGCCCUCCGCUGCGCGAUCCGGAAUUAUUACAAACGGAGACGACUGGCGAAACCUGACCAGGGCAAAGUUUACCACGGAACAUCCGUCGCAACGGCGCCAAACCACUUCAUGCGCGCCGGAGACUUCACCCGUUUUGCUGACUGGAGGUUCGUCCAUCGUGCGAGGCUGGAAUGUGUGCCCCUGAACGGGACGAAGAGGUUCGGGAACGGCGACAAGAGGUGCAGACGAUGUGGCCACGCGAACGAAACCCUGUCACACGUCCUAAACCAUUGUGGCCACCACAAUGUCACACUCACGCGCCGCCACAAUGCAAUCCUGGAUCGCUUGGCCAACGCCAUCAGGCCGUCGCCCGGGGCCGUAAAGAGGGUGAAUCAAACGGUCCCAGGAUUCACGGACGGUCUCAGGUCUGACCUUGUCGUCAUAAAUGAGGGGGCGAAGAGGGUGACGAUCGUCGAUGUCACCAUGACAUUUGAAAACCAGUACGAGACAUUCGAGGAGGCAAGGAGGGAGAAGAGGACGAAAUACGAUCACAUGAAGAGGCAAUUCGAGGAGGAGGGGUUUGAAGUAUUCCUGGAAGGCUUCGCUGUCGGACCCCUCGGGGGAUGGGACCCGGCCAACGAGCACACCAUGAACCGCUUAGGCAUUAGUUGUAAAUACUCUGGCUUAAUGCGGAAAUUGAUGUGUUCGGACGCCAUCAAGUGGAGCCGGGACAUCUACGUCGAACACGUGACGGGGGUUCGGCAGUACAAGGUGCCAGGACCAGAUGCGGAGGAAACCUAA